AUGUUAGGGAAGCUAGUCAAAGGGUCUAUGGAUGUAAGCGGCAUCAUGGCUGGGUUUAAGGAGGUUUGGUAUCUAUUGGGUUCAUCAGAGAAGACACUAAGGAGGGGCAUUGGCUCUGAUGGAUUUGCAAAAGAGGAUGGUGAAAGGAUAGCUUGCUCGAAUGGGUUUGUUAGAGAAGACGGUGGGGGAAAAUGUGCUCGAUUGGGUUGGUUAGAGACAAAGACGAAGGGGCAGCAUGCUCGGUUAGGAUGA